GAGCAAAGCCCGUCCAAGUUGCAGUGUACGUCAGCUUCAGUUAAAGAAAGACGAACAACAUCAAGAAAAAAAAACUGAAGAAAAUCAAACAAAGUUGAGGCCAGCACAAGACAAAUAUGCUCGCUAAACCAACCCUCGUUUUGUUGCUGUUGGUUGCCACAUUCAACUGGACAUCUGCGAAUCCCGUCCGUUCCGCUCGGUCUCCUAAGAAGGUUGUGGAUUACAAAGUUGAUAUCCGCGAGACUGGGACACAGUACAACGAGACAAUCGAGAUAGACACAGAGAAGCAAACUGAACUGUUUAAAGUUCCAGCUCAUAACGACGUGGACGAAAGCAAUAUUUUGCACGACUUUAAGACGAAUAUGACUAUGAUGCUGUUGCCGGAAAAAAAGAUCUGUUACCUUAUGCCACUGUCAGAAGACGUGCCGACGCCAGAAAGACUCGAAAGUGACCUUGAUCAGACAGAGAAUCUAAGCUUGCUUCUGAAGCCGGAAAAGAAGAACUGUUACCUUCUGCCCCUGGAAAACGGCUUGUCCCCGCCAGCAAAACUUGCAAGUGAUAUGGACAAGGCCGAAGUAGGAACUUCUUCUUCUUAG